AGUGCUCACACACACACAAUGAAUAGAUAACACUCAUGAACCUUAGAAUAUAUAUGUAUAUAUAUAUUUUGAGGGAAAGAGCUCAUAGAUCUAUUUUAUUGAUAUAAAAGAAAGAAGUACAAGAGAGUUAUAUAUUGUGUGUGUGUGCGUGUGUGUGUGUAUACUCAUAUGGAAAGUAUGGACAAAAUUAUACCUUUGAUGAAGAGAAAGUAUCUGUCUGAGAAUGGCAUCCAAGAAAUAAUGACAAUGGAGACCAGCUCGUCAAUUUGCUUCAGUGAUCAUGGGACUGUUGUGGCUUCCUGUCCAAAUGGAUCUUGCAAAAGGGAGACCAUGAAUUCAGUGAGUAAAAUUUAUACUUAUGCUCCUCAUGCUGAUGGUCAUCAGUGGAGGAAGUAUGGGGAGAAGAAGAUCGGGAACACCAAGCUAUCAAGAGGCUAUUAUAGAUGCACUUAUAGCAAAGAUCAAGGAUGCCAAGCAAGAAAGCAUGUUGAAGAGCAAAACUGCAAUGAUCCACCUUUUUUCUUGGUCAUUUACUAUAAGUAUCAUUCAUGCAAAAACACCAAUUCCAUGACCAAUACACAAGUUAACUUACUUAAUCCACUCACUCCAAUGGUACCAAAAUUGGUUAGCUUUGAAUCAAAUGCAAACUCCCAGCAGGAAUGGUCAAUAUUGCUGUCAACUCUGAACCUUCAACAUGUCUCACAACAUGAAGGGGUUAACAACCAGCAAACCCUAACCAGCUCUUCUUCGGUAUUGAACAGCCAGCCGGUGUCACUUGAUCAAACAGGAAGUGUAUCAGCUGCAACUCAUGAUCAAUAUGAUAGAGGUAACCUGCAAAUUAAAGGCAACACUUCAAUAUCAAACCGUGUUCCACCAUCCAAUAUUAAUCAAGCAACAGUGAAAUCAGUGGCUGAGUGUGAAUACUUUUUGGGAGCUAUGCCUGGCAGUCAUGACAGCGAGGAUUUAUCAUCCAUUUUAGAUCAGAUCACACCAGCUUCUCCUGCAAUAAGCAUGGAUUUUUUCAUGAUGGAUUAUUCCUUAUCUGAUGAGGGUUUUGCCUUUCAUAGUUUUUAAUUCAGUGCGAUGAAGUUAAAUUUUCAUUUUGUUCAGCAUAUAUCAAGUUAUUAAGGUUGUACAUGUACAUAAAUGUGAACUAUUUAGUAAAUA